UCAGGGCUUGGAAACCUCGGCAAUACGUGCUUUAUGAAUUCCACAUUGCAAUGUCUGGCUCAUACGCAUCCCCUGAAGCGCUAUUUCUUGUCAGGAGAAUAUGGAGAUGACUUGAAUCGUAACAAUCCGUUGGGAACGGGUGGGGACUUGGCGACUCAGUUUGCGCAAUUGAUGAUGGACAUCUGGAUUACAACGGCUCCUCCGCGCAACUUUCUUUCGGAGGCCUCUACCGGUUAUGAUUCUUCCUCAUCACUAGCUAACAACGUGGUAUAUCCGCGAAACUUCAAAUAUACGCUUGGUAAGCAUGCGGAGCGGUUCGUAGGGUAUGACCAACACGAUUCGCAAGAGCUCGCAACCUACCUGCUAGAUGCUCUGCAUGAAGACACAAAUCUUGUAACAAAGAAGCCAUAUGUGGAAAAGCCGGAGCAGAAGGACACUGAAAGUGACCAGGAGGCCGCAGAUAAUGCAUGGGAACUGCAUUUGAAACGAGAAAAUAGCAAGGUUCUUGAAAAUUUUAUGGGACAGAUCAAGAGCCGAGUACAAUGCUGCAAGGCAAACUGCAAUCGGGUAUCGACCACCUUUGACCCAUUUAUGUAUUUAUCCGUACCGAUUCCGGGAUCAAUGGAACGCAUACUCAAGGUUACAUAUGUCCCUAUGAACCCUCAGCAGCGUAUGCAGAAGCUUGAGAUCACAAUCAGCAAAAUGGCGACGAUGAAAGAGCUCUUUGGUCUUCUAAAGACCAUAGACGACCUCGCAUUGGAGGACACGUGUGCUGUGGACAUCUGGCAUCAAGAGGUUUACAGCUGGUACGAGCCUAAAAAUGAAGUGGAUCGUAUCAGAGAUAACGAUUAUACGUUCUUGUACGAAUUGGCGCCUCUGGCAAUGGUCAAGGCGAUGGGACAGACUGUGCUAAAUGGAAUUGAAACUGACGACGAUGUUGGUCUUGGAACAAUUACGAAGCAUUACCAGCUCGAUUUGGCCACAAUGACUAAGUUGAAUAGCGGCGAUGAUUGGUCAGCAAAGCUGUCGACAUACCUUCAGAACCCCACCAUGUUGCAUAAUUCGUCGCGCGACAACUGCUCUGAAUUGGUGAAUACUUCGACGAACGAAGAGGAUGUGCUUGAUAUCAUUGAGCGAUGCGAAUCCUCUGCUUUCCUUGAGAACGUCAGAUCAAGGCAUGAUUUAGCAAUUUUGGAGUUUAUAGCGUCAAAAAUGAGAAAAGAAAUUGUCAGUCUUGAGAAUCAACAAACAACUAUGUACCCUGAUGGAGUGAUAAUUCAAAUCCAUAUUCGGAAAGCUACCUUGUUAUCUGGUAACCAUCGCACCGAUGAAUGUGUAGCAAGGAAGUCUUCGAAUGCAACGACAGUAUUGGAUUGUAUCGAAAAAUAUUGCCAGAUGGAGCAGCUGGAGGAUACUGAGAUGUGGUACUGCAACAAAUGCAAAGAUCAUGUCCGAGCGUGGAAACAGACUCACCUCUACCGCUGUCCUCCAAUAUUGAUAGUGCACUUAAAACGCUUUCAGUACUCGUCAUCAACGCACCGCCGAGACAAAAUUGGGCUAUUUAUUGAUUUCCCUCUCGAAGGACUUGAUCUUACGAGCGUUGCACUUCAUUGGACCGGAGCAGAGAAACCUCUUUACGAUUGCUACGCCGUAAGCAAUCACUACGGGGGGCUUGGUGGUGGACACUAUACUGCUUAUGCAUUAAAUGACGACAAAGUUUGGUGUCAUUACGAUGAUAGCCGAGUGACCGCCAAUGUGGAACCCGAAGAAGUUGUGUCAGAAGCAGCCUACGUACUGUACUAUCGGAGA